ACUGAAGUUUGCAGGGGCCCUGCCUGGCAGCCAGUUUUCACAGCCAAAGGAAGCAGCGUGAUGAGAUAAUAGUGACAUGGCCAUGGCAGGGAAGAUGUUGCUAUGGCAACACAGCAGCAGGGCUCUCCUGGGAUGCUGCAUCAUAGCACAGCACACUACAGAUGACGUCGAGACUGUGUUGGCCUCUGCAGGGCUGGCACACUUCCCCUCCUGCUCAGGCUCAUCAGAGACCCUGGAUUCAGCUUCAGGAGAUGGGGGGCGGAGAGCAAGCAUCUGGUGCCUGCUCCUUCCUUUGCCACAGCCCGAAGCCCCGCCAGCAUUCCCGCUCAAGGCCUCAACCCUGUACCCUCCAAGGUCCAACACCUACCUGAUUAUAGGGCUGCAGGAUGAGCUGACCAAAUGUGGGAUCCUGAAGAACGUGAGUGACUAUGAGGACUUCUGGCAGCUGGUUCAGGAGGAAGCUCUUGGAAGGGACUUGAAAGAAAAGCUUCAGAAGAUAAAAUUUAAGUUGAUGAACCCCAGGCCCUGGCCGCCAGCUGCUUCUAGGAAAAAAGAAACUGAGAUGCUGGUCAGCAGCGCUGAUCCAGAGAGUGGAGCAUGCCCGGGGACACAGAGCCUUCUCUCUCGACUUACGGAAUGGAGGAAAAGGUGCCAGCAGCGUGAAUCAGCCCUGAGACUGCCUCAAGGACAGGGGGAGAGCAAGAUUACGGGUAAGACGAAGACGGAUUCCCGGAGCAAAAUAUACCUUAGCUGUUUGUACCAGAUGUAUUCCACCUCCCUUGCUAACAUGGAAUUCUCCAGAAGACUGCUGGAGAGAGAUGGCCGCUUUGCAGACGUGCACGCUGAGCACAGGGCUGGAAACCUGCUGGAUUUCAUGGUCCCAAGCAGGCACACGCAGGCAGAUGCUCCACCCAAAGAAAUGGGGGUGGAGGACCUCCUGGUCCCUAGCCAGCAGCUUCAAGCACCACCUGCCCUCCGAUUUCUCAAGUGCCGGAGCCCAGAAAGUCCACAGAGAAGUUCCCGCUUGAAGACGGGAAGACACCAAGUGACCUUGUGUGCCAGGAUUCCCGCUUUGGGUCUCUGCCAGCCCCAGACCAUUUUCUCCACAGUCCUUCCUAGGGCCCCUGGUGGGGCAGGUGCCUAUCUCUGCUGCCUCCAGACUCCAUCAUCUCGAGUCAGAGGGAGCAAGCUUUCAGAUCAUGUGAGGGACAAGCUUGCUCCUGCCAGGAUGCCCACAGACCCCAGGCUUACAGCACCCCUGACCCUGGAACAUGUGAUCCAGACCCAUCCUGUGCUGGAGGCUAAGACAGCACGUCGAUACUGGGUCAACUAUGUGGAUGAAGAAUAAGAUUUUUAUAUGGUUACCAGAUGAAAAAAAUCCAAACAGGAAAUGACAGCUUUCUUUUCCUUUGGUUCAACGUUAUGAUAAGCAGUGAGGUUGACAUCAGUAAAGAUGUGCGUGCCUGAUAUGAGAUACCUGGCAUGGCACUUCAUUCUUUCGUUAUAAAAGUGACGUCAUCAUGCAGAACCCAGAACCAUGAAUUCAGGUGAUGGCGAUGGCCAAGCACAGUCAUCGUCAGCAUGGCUGGGCAGACUUAAAAGUGA